CUUUUUUUCUCCAUAAUUUUGUUCAUAUGAUAUUAUUUAGACGAUGGUUUGCACAUCUAUUUGAGGACAAUGGCAGUCAACAAGAAACGUGAUUUUAAAAGAUUGUCAGUGUGCAUUCGAGACUUUUUGAAAAGAUUACCCUGUGAUCAGACCACUGGCUUCUUACGCGACACCCUGUGCUUGUCGUUACUGGAAUUACACAAAUAUUACAUCAAGGAGAAAGAACGGUUCGGCGAACAAAAAACACUUGACUCAAGUUCAACAUACAGAGCUGUUUUUCAAGAUUCAUUGGGAGAUGCUCAGAAAUAUGAUGGGACAUGGAAAGAAUGUGAUGAUGGUGAACAAUUUAUGGCUGUAAACAGGAAUAUUCACAAUUUACAGGAUGGGUUUGAUGACUGUGACUCGCUGGGCAGGACACAUUUAAUGUAUGCAAUUCAUGGGGACCAUCAAGACACCAUUGAUCACAUUCUGUCAUUGAACACCAACAUCAACCAUCAAGCACAAGAUGGAAGCAGUGUUUUGCAUAUUGCUUGUCAACAUGAAAAACCAUCAGUGGUAUCUUUACUUCUUAAAAAUAAGGCAAAUGUGUUAGUUACGGAUAAGAAAGGGCGCUCACCUCUACACUGGGCAGCAAAAUGUAAACUAAGUGACACUGUUAAGUUCCUGCUUCAAUAUGGUGGAGAUGUCAGCAGUAAAGAUUGUGAUGGAAUGACACCAGCCAUGUGGGCAUGUUAUUUCCACAAACCAGAUAAUUUACACAUUAUAAGAAAUGCAAUAUUGAGAGUUGAUCCAAGACCUGAAGCAAUACUGGAUGAACAAGAUAAUUUUGGAAGGACUGUUCUUCAUUGGAUGGUCAUGACAUGUGAUCCCAAUGGAAGCUUGGGUGGCUUUAAGGAAUUAUUGGUGAUGGGUGAUGUUUGCAAUAUUAAAGACAACAAGGGAAGAACAAUCUUGCAUACAGCUGCAAUUCAAGGUUCAAUAUCCAUAUGUAAAGAGAUCAUCCAGGUGUGUGGUAAAGAAAUCUUGAAUGUGAAAGACAACGAGAAUCAAACAGCUCUACACUUGGCAACUUUAUGUGGCCAUGGUGACAUGGUUGACUUUCUGCUGCAGCAGGAAGCAAACAGUGAAAUUGUGAACAAAAAUGAGAGAACAGCUCUACAAGAGGCAGAGAUUGGUCAUUAUCAUUACUGUUUGCUGGUGUUUGUUGCAUUUGAACAAAUAAAAGAUAAAACUAAACUAUCUACAGAUAAAAUCAACAAUGACAUGGAAAAGAAAAAUAAAAAAUAUGAAAGUUGGGUGAUUCCAUCAACAUCAUUAAAUGAAUCUCAAGACAUCCCAACAAAUCUGACAGGGGAACAGCUUGUUGAUGUCACAGAAGUUAAGGGAUUCGAAAUUAACCAAGAAGAUCCUGAUGAACAGUUUGUCCCAGAGAAACUUGUUACAACCAAUAUUUUCACAACACAAAAUACUGAAAAAGUUGAUUCCUCAACCACCAUAAAACCCUCUGUACCUGGGAAUGACAGUAUGAACCUUGAUAUCUCACAAGAUAAUCUUCAACCUGGCCCAAUGAAGAGGUUUCCACUGACUGGCAGAAGCAAUAAAAAUACAGUACUUCAGAGAAGUGAGAGAAUUGAAGAGAUUAAGGAAGAGGAUUUAAUAAUACCAAGGAAAAAUGAUGAACCUAUGCAGGAAAAUGGAGAAUCUUCAAGUGAGCAAAAUGAUGAUGACGAUGAGAUAUCAAGUCUAAACAUUGAGUCUGAAAAUGACGAGAGUACAGCAGAGGAUGAUUAUAAACAUGAAGGAAGUAACAAUAAUAAUAUCAAAACAAGUAUUGAAAAGAAUUCAGGUUCUGCAAAGAACAAAGUAAACAAAGAUGGUCUCUCUCCCAUCCAACCACAACAGAAUUUUAGCUUUCCAUUAAAACUAGAACCAAUUCCUUUGCCUCGUACAAACAAGACUUUGGCUCGUGGAAUAGUUCAACCACUCCAACCUGCAGUAUUAAAGAAACAACCUGCAGUAUCAUUGUUAUCCAGGGAUAAAUUACAACAUUAUGGUACACCACGGGGUAGAGAUCAUGGACCUCUUGCCCAGACACACAGCAAGGAAUUGUUGGAAAAUGUUUUUCGUGGAAAUAAGGAAAACAAAAAAGAAGAGAAAAAUGAUGAAAGAGUGCAAGAUGGGAAGUUCUCUCGACCAAGGGUGAAACAUGCUAUGUUUCAUCCAAAAUGAUAAUAAUUAAGACGAUAAUGAUUAAUUAUAAGUCAUUUCAACAACAUAUAUACAAGCACACAAAACAUAGCACAACAUCUUAAAAGACCACAGUCACCACACUACCAGCAUUUGGAAAGGAAUGAUCCCAGAGAGAUUGGGAACACACGUUAGAUCUACCAAGAAAAUUUUAUAUUUAUUGACAUGACUU